CGAAUAGUCCAUUUAUACACGUAAUAAAAAAGUUUCAAUUGUGUAACCAUUAUUAUUUUUUGUUCUAAUUAAACAUGGCAGCCAUUUCGAGUAAAAUAAAUAUCGAUGAACAAUAUGAAACACCUGAAAAUUUUUCUCCGAAAUUUAAGAAGAGAAGAGGUACCACAGACCCCGGCAGAGACUACGAACACCUCUACAUAGCAAACUUAAUUUUAAAAUUAAUAAUCGACGAUGACGUGGAAAAUUUUUAUUUGUCGUCCAACGAUAGCACAUAUGGUGCUUUCGAUGACGUUGUAGUUGAAAUUAAAUUCAAAGAUCGCACCGAAAGGUUCGCUAUUCAGUUGAAACACGUCACCAAAUCAGGAAGAAUAAAAAUUGAGCAGUUAAACGCACCGAGUGGAAAUUUUAGCGUUGAGAAGUACUACGAAAACUUCAAAAAUGAGCCGAAGUUGUCUGAACGGUCUACCAAGAUGGUCUUGUUUACCAAUUCUAAACUAAACGAUGAGCACAUGGAUCGGUUUAACUAUGGCAAACUGACGCUAUGUGAACAAGACAGUUUGCUAAGUACUCGUACUUCAGAACUGGGAGGAGGGUGUUACAGAUUUGUCGAAAAUGGAGAUGAGUUAAAAAAAUUUGGAACUUUUUUGGAAAAUUUCUACCUCUACACUGGUCAAACGGAUGCCAAGGAACUAGAAGCGAGUACACUGGAGAGUUUCAAGACAUAUUUCAACAGCAACGAAACCGUUUUCCUGGAGUAUCUACAUUUUAUAACUCAGUGGAGCAUGAAGGAACGGAAAAAAAUCAAAUUGAGUAAAACGUGGAUGAAACACAUGAUAACCCUUUGUGUAUUGUCACCUUAUAUCAGACCGUUAGCUUUUGUUACCGGUGGAGCAAUGAACACCAAAAGAAAAAUUUUUCGAGAAGCAGUUUCGAAAUUUGAUUUGACUAUUAUAAAUAAGAACAGUUUCGAGAAAAUCGACUCAAUUUGGUCAAAUGCGAUUGACGAUAUAGUUGAUGUGGAAGAAGCGAUUAAAGUUAAUUACAAGUACCAACUUAUCGAAACCGGAAUAGAAACAAAAGAGAGUCUGUAUGAUAAGGACGUAACGAAAGUAUCGAAGCUCAUGUGGUUACUGGGAAAAAGUCCAUUAGUCGUUGAAGAAUGUCCACAAGUUUAUCGAGUAAUAAAUCUAUGUCAAACCCAAAAUCUAAUUGUACUAGAUAAUCAAGAAACGUUUACUGAAGGUCUUAGAAGUGGCAAUACAGACGAUCAACAAAAACCACACGUAUUUGAAAAGUUGUCUGACUUAAAAAAACACCCACGGUUGUAUGAAGAACUUCUAACGAAUUUUACAUAUUCGUUGCAAGGUCAAAAAGACGUUAAUUUGAAAUAUUUGAUAGAAAUGUGUGAAGAUAACGCCAACUUCGUUACUACGGAUGAUUUAGUUGAAAUGAUGGAAGCUCCAUUGCUGAUUGGACAACACCAAGAUGCUUUGCCACCCAGUCACAUUGAAAGAAAACUGACGAAAAUUUUAAUAGAUGUUAAAUUUUUGAAAAAUAUCAGUAAACAGACAAUUGUUUUACUUGAUUGCCAUGACGUAAAUUCUUUGAAAUCACUUUUACCAAAUUUAGUGGUCACCGAAGUGAAAGACGAUGAACUCCUUCAGAGCACAAUUCAUAAACAAAUGAUCUACGUUUGUGGGAACGAAGUUUCCCAGGAAAACUUUUCUGCAUUGAGCAAACAAAAUCCAAAAAUUCAGUUUCAUCACCUCAGAUAUUUAAACAAUCAUUGUUUGGAAUGGAUAGCCAGUGAGAAUUAUGGCCCGAAACGGGGAUACAUCAACGAGCUGGAGAAGUUUCGUCUACAAAGUGAAUUCAUGGAAUAUACCAUAAGCGAAUACGAAUACUUCAGUCAUUCUAGACAAAACAUCAACAUUGUCUGUGCCGAUCCUGGAAUGGGAAAAAGUACGUUAAUGAAGAGCUUGAAAAGUAGCAGUUCUUCGUCAAAAUGGACCAUUUUAAUUUACGCUAGAAAUCAUGCCUUACACUUUAGGAAAUCUGAAUCCAACAUGGAUAAUUUUUUAAAAUACAUCCUAGAAGAUACUUGUAAUGAACGCACAAGCCGGUUCCACCAGGGAGUGUUCAAAACGAUGCUAGAAGAAAAUCAAAUACAACUAAUAUGGGACGGAGUCGAUGAAGCAUCUGAUGCCACUCAAACUUCCAUUUUAACUUUAGUAAGUACGUUUUCGGAAAAAGGAGUCAAGCAAUGGUUGACUUCUCGUAACAAUUUGAAGGAUAUGUUAGAAAAUAAGUUAGCUACGUUUGCACGAAGUAUAGAACAGUUCAGUGAAGAAGAACAACAAGAAUACAUUAAAAGCCGGUUACGGAUCACCGAAGAUGAGUUAAAUGAAACUUUUAAUAAAAUAAGAAAAAAUAUAUUGUCUUUUCCAAAUUACGAAAUUUUAGGCAUUCCUCUACAAAUUUAUAUGCUUACAGAACUAUUUUUAAAAGACAGAGACAAAUACCUACGUUUGUUAGACGGUAUUUUCACUGUUCUUGAUCUAUACGAACAUUGUAUUGACGAAAAGUUUCGGGUUUUAUACAACGACAAAAACGAAAUACCACUAAGAAGUGAACAAAAUCUCCAGAGUUUCGAAAACGAAAAGAACACUAGAAUUAACCACUAUAAAAGUUUAGCUGCGAGUUAUUACAUUUAUAACUCUUUAAGACACAGAAUUGCAAGUAAAUUUUUGUCUACCGACAAGACAACUGACAGUUUUGUAGAAAAAAUUAAAAACGAAGGAGAUGAUGUAGGAUUUAUAAGUCGCGUUAUUUCUAAAUACGAUGUUGAAUUCAUUCACAAUUCGUACGGUGAAUAUUUUGCAGCGUUGUAUCUAUUCGAAUACGAACCAUCUAAAGCACGGGAAAGAGAAUUUAUUUCUGACAGCAGAUACAAAAACAUUCGGUUUUUUUUAGAUUUGAUGUUAGCGAGAAACUCGAAAUGUAUAAUAGGUGUUAUAUAUAAAAAUCUUACAAUUUUAGAAGAAUUUAUACAUACAGAUCUAAAUCAAAAAGACGCCAUUGGUCGUAACGUUUUGGAAGUGGCUUGCGCCUGGAAUAAAAACUAUCCACUUGUUAAAAACAACGUUAUUUUGAAUGGUAAAAGUUUCAAUACGGAAUGGUUAAUCAAUAACAAUAAAAAAGUCGUUAGAACUCUCAGUUAUCGUGAUAUACAACCAAAAUUUUAUAAAUUUAGCGCAUCGAGUGAUGCAUGUUCUAAAAAGUUGAUGAUUUUGUUACCAUUUUUGAUUCCAUUAUAUGACGGGAACCAGUUCGCUGAGGAGUAUUUAGUGGCAGUUUUAUACUAUGCAAUUAGGUUGGAUUUUCCAAUAAUUUAUGAGUGUAUUGAAAAUUCUAUUCCUUUAAAAAACACAUACAAUAAUAUUAGUUCAAGAAGUAUUUUAGCCUUAGCUCUUUUUAAUAGAUCAACGCAAAUAUUAAAAAUAUUACUUUCCGAAGAACGAAGUUAUUGCGGAUGGGACUGCGUAGAAGAACUUUUAAUUGCGGAUUCAGAAAUUGAUGGAGUAUUGAGUUUUGCUUUACAAUUCCCGGAGUUUCGAAUAGAUGUGUUAAAUUCCAGAGGUCAGUCGUUGAUGCAUUACGCAUGUGAAAAAAAUCUCACUAAGACGUUACGUUCAUUAAUUAUCAGGGAAGUGAACACGAAUGAUAAAGACGGAAAUGGAAAACGUCCCAUACAUCUUGCACUUGAAAAAGACCAUUCAGUUUUUUUAAAACACAUAGCGCAAAUCGACGUCUUAGAUAAAGACGGUCGGUUGCCGCUUCAUUAUGCUUGUGAAGACGGAGAUUUAGACGUGGCAUCAGUACUGUUAAAGUAUGGUGCGAAAGUGGAUGUUCCGGACGGAAAUGGACGACUACCGAUACAUCAUGCUUCUGAACACGGAAAUUUAAGCACAGUAGAAUUACUGGUAACGAAUGGAGCGAAAUUUGAGGUUCCGGACAGAGAUGGUCAGCUACCGAUACAUUAUGCUUGUAGAAACUGCAUUGAGGGAGAUGACAUAAUUUUCUCUUUGUGUAAAAAAGGCGCAAAAGUGGAUGUCCCUGAUGGAAAUGGACGACUGCCGAUACAUCAUGCUUCUGAACACGGAAAUUUAAGCAUAGUAGAUUUACUACUAAAGAAUGGAGCGAAAUUUGAGGUUCCCGACAGAGGUGGUCAAUUACCUAUGCACUAUGCGUGCAGAAAUUACUGGUUGGGAUAUGACAUAAUUUUAUUUUUUUGUAAAAAGUUUGCAAAAGUGGAUAUUCCGGAUGAAGAUAGACGGCUGCCGAUACAUUAUGCUUGUGAACACGGUAAGUUAAACAUGGUAGAAUUACUGGUAACGAAUGGAGCGAAAUUUGAUACUCCGGACACAGGUGGUCAGCUACCCAUGCACUAUGCGAGCAGAAAUCGCUGGGGGAGAUAUGAAAUAAUUUUAUAUUUGUAUAAAAAUGGAGCGAAAGUGGAUGUUCCGGAUGAUGAUGGACGGCUGCCGAUACAUUAUGCUUGUGAACAGGAAAAGUUAGUCAUGAUAGAAACACUGGCAUCGAAUGGAGCGAAAUUUGACGUUCCGGACAAAGAUGGUCAGCUACCGAUGCACUACGCGUGUAGAAAUGACCGGUUGGGAAAUGAAAUAAUUUUAUUUUUGCAAGAAAAAGAUGCGAAAGUGAAUGUUCCGGAUGGAGCUGGACGACUGCCAAUACAUUAUGCUUGUGAACGCGGACCUUUACACAUGGUACAAUUACUGGUAACGAAUGGAGCGCCAUUAGAUAUUCCGGACGAAGAUGGUCAGUUACCGAUACACUAUGCGUUUAGAAAUGACCGGUGGAAAGACGAAAUAAUUUUAUUUUUGUGCAAGAAUGGUGCGAAAGUGGAUGUUCCGGAUGGUGAUGAUGGCUACUAAUACACAUAAAUAAGAUAAAGUAGGAUGCACUACAAACUGUUAAACUCCAACUUCAAUUGCUAGCCGGCGAGUGCUAACGUCGCGUUCUUCUUAGACGCGUUGCAAAAUUUGUUCUUCAGCUUGCAGUAUUCUUUCUGUUCUAUCACGCCCACGAUCGCGAGUUUGAGGCUUGAAGUUACCAUGAUCUCGAAGACUCUGUACUAUUGAUGAAAAUGUUCGCACAUACGGAAUCGCAUGAGCACAUAGGUCACAAUUAAGUUUCAUUAUCAUUUUUUUAGCUAUGAUUCAUACUAAACAGAAAAACAAUAAAACAAUGUAUAUCAUAGAAGUUAUUCAUGUUUAGAUCAGAUUAUAAAAAUUUAUAGAGGAAUGACCAGAUAUUUCCGCGUUUAACAACACAGUUAGGUAUGUAGGAUCUAAUUAAAGUUUUUAGUUCUAUGGAAUAAUCUAUGUCAUAUGUCAUAAAUGUCAUAUAUUUUAUGUUAGAUUUGACGUCCUUCAAUGUUGAUACAGCUAAUUGUCUGUAUAUAUGUAUUAUAAACAUUAUAAUUAACGGGUGUGUAAAAAAAAGCUGGUGUAGGCAGUUGCCCCUCAUUUUAUUUUUUUUUCGUAUUUAAAAAUUGUUAGUUCACAAAAGUCGAUGUGACAAACGGAUGACAACUUUCAAAAUUGAUUUUGAAAACGACAUACGGAAGAAAACAAAAGCUGGUGACAUAACACUCUUGACCAGAUUUUUAUUUAGACACCCUAUAUUUUAUAACAAAAAGUCAACGUGUAGCGUAAAAUGUAGGUACUGUCACGUCCUGUGAUCAUGCAGGGUAUUUUGUAAUAAAACAAUGUAUUUGAUACACUAAUAUUUCUUAACUAAACUGUGUUAAUAAAUGCAAUACUUGUUGA